AGGGUUCUGCGUAGUGCGCACGCGCUUCCCUCUCGGAUUAAUGUCAAGGCACAAAAGUGGCGCUACAGCGUUUCGAGCUCUCCUCCGAUUUAUCGACCAGCCAAUUUAUCAAUGCUGAUUUCCUUAAUUUUGGGAGAUUGGUGAUCGGCUGAUGCGUGUGAAGCCGACCUUAUGCACCUCAGCCAUGGCUUAAAAAUGAGCCACUGACCUCUUCUGCUCUGCUGUGAGAGAGAUUCAACUGAUAGAUCGGCCCAUCAGGUGGUUGCCUUAGCGAUGGAUGGGGAGUCAGAGCCAAGCCCUGUUGUGGCGGAGGACGUGGAGGAGAAGGCGGAGCUCCUCGACGCCACUCCCUCCUCCCAGCCACCAUCCCCACCUCCUGCUGAGGAGUCUGGGGAGCCGGUGUCCAUGGUAACGGGAGACGAAGCCACAAAGGAGGGUGGCACAGAGGACAAUGAGGAUGAUGACGUUGUUCUCGUAGAGGAGGAGGCUUCCCAGCCGCUUCCUGCCGCCGCUGCUGCUGCAACCUCUUCUCCACACGGACCCGACGCAGAGAGUGCCGAGCAUGCGGGCGCUGCGGCAGAGGACGCAGCAGAAACGCCUUCCAAGAGCCCCGACUCUCCCCCGUCUUCCAACGCCUCCAUGGCGGCGGCGACGGCAGCGGCCCAGAAGCCUCCGACCGCAGCCCCGGAGCCUAUCGUCAUCGACGACGAGGAGGACUGCGAACAGAAAGAAAACUCUUCCCCCUCACCUGCACUCCCCGGGGAGUCCUCCGCCUCCCACUCGCCCGCCGCACUCAGCAGCAACGACCCGGACUCGGAGAUCAGGAUCUCCAGCGUCACCACUCUGGGCCCCAGUAACCAGAGGGGCUCGGCGGCCAACACGCCGCCACAUCCAGACGAUGCCCAGGCUGACAUCAACCUGAUGAUCACCUCGGUGACGUCCCUCCAAGGCGGAGCGAUGGCUGUCGGAGAGGCGGAUGAAAACGAGACAGAGGAGAACGGUCUGCAGAUCAGCAGUGCCUUCAGUCUGAAUCCUGACACCCCAUCUGCUCGACCAACCGCCUCCUUCAACCCCGGCCGAGGCUCCGCCAGCCAGCUGGUCCAGAACGGAGACACGGGGACGCACAAAGGAGCAGACUUGUGGAUCUCUCAGUCGGCCUCGGUUCCCCGGAACCAGAAGCAAAGCGGGGUGGACUCUCCGUCGCCUGCCACCUCGCUGCCAAAGCCUGCAGGCCAGUCUUCCUCCUCCACCUCCUCCUCAGGCUCCCAGACACAACCCAGGACAGUCAAGGUGACCUGCGCCAACUGCAAAAAGCCUCUGAAGAAAGGCCAGACAGCCUACCAGCGAAAAGGCUCCUCUCACUUGUUCUGCUCCACCACUUGCCUCUCUGCCUUCUCACACAAACCUGCACCCAAGAAAACCUGCACCAUGUGCAAAAAGGACAUCACACACAUUAAGGGCACCAUUGUGGCCCAGGUGGACUCCAGCGAGUCUUUUCAGGAGUUCUGCACGACCGGCUGCUUGGGCGCGUACGAGAACAAGAACAACCCACCUAAAACAGGCCUGAAAAACAAAUGCACCGUCUGCGGGAAGCUCACAGAGAUUCGGCAUGAAGUCAGCUUUAAGAACGUGACCCACAAGAUCUGCAGCGAUACAUGUUUCAAUGUUUACCGCAAAGCCAACGGGCUGAUCAUGAACUGCUGCGAACAGUGUGGCGACUAUCUGCCCAGCCGGGCGUCGGCCAACCACUUCCUGCUGGUCGACGGCCAGCAGAAACGCUUCUGCUGCCAGAACUGCAUCAGGGAUUACAAACAGGCCCACAGUAAACUCGCCAGCUGUAUGACUUGCAAAACACUAAUCAAGACGGGGGAGGUGCUCCAAAGCCUCGGUGCAGGCAGUGCCAUGAGCUCCUACUGCUCCGUCAGCUGCAUGAACAAGGGCAAGCUGACGUCAUUCAUCAACAAGGAACCCACAUGUCAUUUCUGUAAAAGAAGCUCAUUGCCGCAGUACCAGGCCACGCUGCCAGAGGGCGACAUCCUCAACUUCUGCAGCUCCCAAUGUGUGACCAAGUUUCAGAACGCUUCCCUUCCGACAACUACCAAUGGUCAGACGCCCCUCAGCAACAGCUCUGUCCAGCUGAAAUGUAACUACUGCCGAGGAGCGUUCAGCCUGAAGCCCGAAAUUCUUGAGUGGCAGGAUAAGGUCUAUCAGUUCUGCAGUAAAACAUGCUGUGAGGACUACAAGAAGCUCCAUUGCAUCGUGACGUUUUGCGAGUACUGCCAAGAAGAGAAAACCCUUCAUGAGAUGGUCAAGUUCUCUGGUGUCAAGAGGCCCUUCUGCAGUGAAGGCUGCAAGCUGCUGUUUAAACAGGAUUUCAUCAACCGGCUGGGGCUGAAAUGUGUGAGCUGCAACCACUGCAGCCAGCUGUGCAAAAGAGGUAUCACCCGGCAGCUCGGCAACAUGACCCGGGACUUCUGCAGCGAGGCCUGUGCCAAAAAGUUCAACGACUGGUAUUACAAGGCGGCGAGGUGCGACUGCUGUAAGGUUCAGGGAAACCUGACGGAGUCGGUGAUGUGGAGGUCAGAAAUGAAGCAUUUCUGCGACCAGGAGUGUCUGCUGAGGUUCUACUGCCAGCAGAACGACCCCAUCAUGGUCACCCAGAAGGGACCAGAGAACACCAUGCUGGGUAUAGACAUGCAUGCCGCAAAAGCUGGGCUGGUGAACCAGAGUGCUGUGGCGUACUCCAGUGGAGGAGUGAUCAGAGAUGUGAAGAAUAAGGCGGUGCUGUGCAAACCGCUCACCCUGACCAAAGCCACCUACUGCAAGCCACACAUGCAGAGCAAACAUCUACAAACGGAUGUGGAUGACGGCGUGAAGCGGGAGUAUAUUCCCGUACCCAUCCCGGUACCCGUCUUCAUCCCAAUGCCUAUGAACAUGUACGCCCAGGUCACCCCCACUCCAUUCUCUAUGCCUCUACCGGUUCCUGUGCCUGUGUUUCUGCCCACCACGCUGCAGGGGGCAGAACAGAUUAUUCACAACAUGAAAGAUCUGAAAAGCGAGGCGCCCUCUAAUACCGCAGAGGCGGCUGUAAUCAUCAACGACGAUGAGAAACCAGAUGUGAAGCCGUUGGUGGUGAAAAGAGAAAGUGUUAAGGAGGAAUCCUCCAGCUGUGGCGGCAAAAAAGAGGAAACGGGGAAGGAGGAGGAUGAGGAGGAGGAAAAGUAUGAGCCCGACCUGGACCUGGAGGCGGAUUUCCCUCAAACGUCGGAUCCUGUCCCGGUGCUGGAGGGAAUGGACGAGGACAUGAGCUUUUCUCUGCCUCCGGUCCUGGCAGAGGAGAAAGAGGAGCUGCAGGAAUCUGCGCCUCGACUUCGGUCCAGAAGACUGGGGAGUAAGAGGCAGGCCGUGGAGGAUCUGCCUUCAUCCUCUCCGUCACGUCCAAGCAGCAACUUGGAAGGAAGAUCGCUGCCCCUCAAGUCUCGCUAUGGCAUCAACGCCUGGAAACGCUGGGCGCUGUCCCUCUCUGACCAAUCAGAAGACACCAAAGAAAAGGAUACCUCCAAACCAACUCGGUCGAAAAGCAACCUGUUGUCGUUGAACGCAGAGGAGCUGAACGCCGCUCUGUCCCGGUUCGUCAGAGAGGCGUGCCGGCCAAACGGGGAGCGCUACUCUCCAGACAGCAUCCUCUACCUCUGUCUGGGAAUUCAGCAGCAUCUACACACCAAAGGCCGGAAGGAUGAUCUGUUCAGCGACCCGUGUUACCAGCAGUUUGGAGAGGAGCUCAACAAGGUGCUCAAAGACUGGCAGCCCAGUGUGCUUCCUGAUGGCUCGCUGUGGGGCCGGGUAGAGGAGCAGAGCCUGUGGAGCGGCCGGCACCUCGGGGAGCAGAGUCCGGCCUCCCUGCUCCGCUCGCUGGUCUACCUGAACACCAAAUACUUUGGUCUGCGCACCGUGGAGCAGCACCUGCGCCUCUCUUUCGCUAACGUUUACGGGCCCGACACCAUCCAUCCUGUCAGCAAGGAGCGCAGCGUCUGCAUCCGCGUGCCCUCCAUCCCUCAGGAUCACCACGGUGAAGCACAGACAGAAUCUAGGAAGAGGAAGCGCAAGCAGACCGAGGUCAAACGGGAUGAAAACGAGACGGGCCACCCGCCUGUCCGCUGCCCAGUAAAGAAGCAGGAGUGUGGUCUCUAUGAGCUCUACAGAUCCAAGUGUCCGCCGUUGUUAUGGGAGCGCCUAGACGUCUUCUACGUUCAGCCGGACCCGGCCCGCGACCCCGGUGACCCCGUCUGGUUCAGCUCCACUCCGCUGGAGCGUCAGAUCCUCGAAAGCCUCCUGACCAGAGUCCUCCUGGCCAGAGACAUUUACACAGACAAGCCACUCCGGGAGGAAGACGAGGAGGAGCGCGGCGAAGGACCCGGAGGGGAGUAGCGCCCGCUUUCGGACUACCGUUCAGAAACCCGACAAGAGCAUUCGGGGUAAUCUAGUCGUACGUUGUCCCCUUCACCCGUCUCUUCUCCUCGUCUCUUCACCGACUCUAGUGACUUACUGUUUCCUCCUGGUGAGGGACGCCCACGGCGAGCAGAGGAAGCUCACAGCGGCCCAGACUUCUGCCUCAAACAGGAAGUCAGAGGACGAAGCCUUUGAUUUUUUUUUGUUUGUUUGUUUAUUUUAGAAGAUGGCCACGAGUAAACGGAGUGAGCCAAAGCUUGUUCUUACCAUCAACGACCCAAAAAAAAAAAAAAAAAAAGGUUAAACGGACGGUGUGGAUGUGAAGGGAUAUCAGGAUAUCGUUUUCAAAACGUGCAGAUUUUAGUUCUCAGGCCAGCAGCUCAAACAUAGGAAUGUCUCAGUCACCGCCUCCUCAGGCCGCCACUCAGAGAAACCAGGAAAUCCCUCAUCACGUUCAUGUCCUUUUCACUCUCACUGGAUGGAGAAAGUAAAGCAAAAAGUACCGCAGCCUGAACCCACAGGGAAACGUGAUCCUUGAAGCAGCCGGUUACGAGUCUGGAAGACGUUUAAAGACGUCCAGCUUAAGUUCAGUCCACAUUCAAUAAUUUGAGUUUAAUUUUCUCGAUUCUGAAACAAAUUUGUUUGAAUUUUGGUUCCUCCCUCAUAACGCUGUGAGGGGAGCCGGUCGGCGUUCCCCAAACGGUUUUAUACAAAGGAGAACAUCAAACAUUAAUUAAAAUAUUUCUAAUUCAAUUUCUUUUUAAGUUUUCAUCCCACUUGGUUUACUGUUAAUGCAUUCACACUAGAACUCAUCAAUACACUGACAGCAUAUGACUUGUUCUGGUUUUUCUAGUGCUAAAACAUGCACAGUGUGCUAUAUCCAGCACUCAGAGACGGUUUUAUAUGUAUUAGAGAUGCACUGAUCAGAUAUUUUGUGGCCAGUUUCUGACAUCCAAUUUUGGAAAGUUCUAACCCAAUAUCAGUUUUAAUUAUUUCUUUAAAAUCUAUUUUUAAAAACAAUGUUUAUUUCUUAAUUUCUACUUCUUGACACCAUAUUUAUCGUAAAAUAAAAUGAUGUCUAAAAGAAAAAUCGGGCCACAGUUUCACAGCUUGCACUCACCUUCACUGAAUAUCUACAUUUUAGGCUUUUUGGCCUGAUGCAACUAUAAACUAAAAACCCAAUUAAAAAGAUUGACAGUCUAAUUGUUUAUUUUUCUUUAUUUUUUUCUCAAUUUUGAACAUCUAAUACGCAUCAUCUUGAAAGACAUACAUUUUUUGCAUUCAAAAUAAGUUAAUUCUCCAUACUUAUGUCUAAGAAAAGGCCGGUAUGUUUUCAUUAAAUAGUUUUCUCAUUUACAGUUCAAGAGAGCAAACAAGACGUCUUCUGUCAUCAAUUAUUUAUACCAGGAGCAGAGGUGACGUCACACCAUGUGAGGGAGAGAGCAGCCGAUGUUGCACAGCUCUGCGGUCAAAGCAUUCCACUAUUUGAAAACAAAUAGAACAUCAUCAGUUUACAUUUUAAACCUACUUUACUUUAGGGGGCCAUCAUUUCCUGCUUGAGCCGAUAAAGCCGAUAAAGUGCAACUUUUCUGCAAUACCUUUAGCUUCCUGUUAGCAUUGCUAAAACAGUGAACACCUGGAAUGUUUCCUAGAACCUUCAAACAUCCUUUGCGCUUCCUCUGACUACUUUUCUUUUUAAAGAAAGCCGCAUUAUGUCAUUCGGUAACAGCUUCCACACAAAAGAGCUGCUUGGUUUUUAUGUGGUGUGUUUACUGCCUGGGAAAAGAAUGGAUUUUUUGGGCUGCUUUGGGGUCGAUGAAUGAGUGAAAUCAGCCUGUUAUUCCAGCAACCAGACAAUUUCUUGGUGCAUCUCUAAUUUCCAUGCUUCGUGAUUCUCUUAAGCUAUUUUUUAAACAAGUGAAUCCUCAGAGUUUGGCCUGUACCAGAAAACUGGUUUAAUUAUUAAGCUCAUCAGAGGAAACCAGACUUUUCAUUGCAAUAGACGGUCAAAAUCGACACCACGAGGAACUCAGAAAUGCAGAAUUUAAAUAUCAGAGCCAGAUUAUUUAGUUUAAACUAGGUCAAGCCAUCCCCCGUUUGUCUUAAUUUCAGAAUGUCCAGAUGGUUAAACUUGUCUGUGAAAAGCGAAGGGAGGAAAAGCAUUUGCUCAAACUUGCAUCGCCAGCUCAAGACCAACUGAACGGCAUUUUCUGUAGCGAUCGACUUACGUUGACGCUUGUUCAAGGGGCUACUUUGACACAUUCUCAAGAAAUGUCUUUAGGAAUCAGAGUUUAGUUUGUUUUAUCUUUCCCCAGGUAAAAAAAAAGAAACCAAGUCAUCGGGAUGACCUUGAGGUCACGAAUGCUUGAAAAUCAAAAAUGUGACGUUCUAUUAUGUGUUGUUUGACUUCAGGUGUCUGCACACUCUGUAAAGGUGGUAUUAUAAAGUCUUCUUGUUUGUUUGUUUUUUUUAACCUCUGCAUUAACUAGGCUGCCUUACCUUCCAACAUGCUGUGUCUAUUGGUUCACCCUCGCUCGUGUGAUGUAGCAUUACCAGAGUACCGAACCCAGACUGUCAUAAAUGCGUCCGAUUCAGGUUGGUUAUCUCACAUUGUCAACACAGGAAAAACAACUGCAGCUUGCAAACCUGCAGGGUUGAAAGUGUCUCUAAAACUUAUUUAUUCCUUUUUUCUUUUUAUGUUAUUAUGUUGGGAUUUUGCGUCUGCCAUUUUCUUUCUCACCUCGUUUUCACCCAUUAGUUGCUGCUGUCUGUCCUGCGGUGGUGAAGGAUCCCGUGAAGCAUGAAGGAUGAGGAUAGUUUGAAUCCGGAGCACUUCUUUUCAAGUCUCCCAUUUUCCUGACUUUUGUUUGUUUUUUUAAAAAAAAAUUUAUAGAUGUCUAGUACUGCAAAUUAAGAACUUUUGUUGUAGCAAAUUAUUCAUUGAAUAUUUUUUUAUUCGAAACAGUUACUGUUUUUUUUUGUUUUGUUUUGUUUUUUUUCUACUCGUCUCUUAAAUAUUUUUUUUGUUUUCUUGUGGAGCUAAAACUCUCAGACUUCAGGCUGCUUCUCCUGUUACGUCAAACUUGCCUUGUGUGCGUAUUCCCAGUCGCUGCUUCCCUCGAACUGUGACGUUCUCUGAAGAACGGACUGUGUUUAGAGGCCUGGGUCUGCAGUGAACACACUAUGGCGGUGUAUCCCCCUGGGAGAAUAUUGGUCAGGUGGCUCCAUGCAGCUUAGAAACCCAAACAUUCAAAUUUUCAGAGGAAACCAGUUAUUAUUAUUAUUAUUAUUAUUUUAUUUUAAUUUUUUUUUCCCCUUGCUGGACUAAGAGGCAACAACCAAACCUGCCACUGGUUUGGCCCUGCAGUACACGCUGUGGCUGGCUUUAAUGCCUAAUGUGAAUGUGCCUAUCUGUAUAUAGUGAAAGUGAGUGAUUGUGACCUGAAUCCGAUGCUAUGUGUAUGGGCUGUUCUGCCAAUACGGUUAUGUUUAAUAAAUGAUUUCCUUUUUUCUAA